AGCUCUGUCUGACUCUGACAUUAGAAAGCAGAGAGGGAGAGGGGGGGAAGCUGGUAGCAGCCAGUGCUGAGUGGCGCCGCCGCCGCUGCUGUCAGACUGUUCCACUCGUCCCUUCUUAUUUACAUCAACUUGCUGCUGCUCCUGACACCCCCGCCGUUCGCUGUAAUAGCAUCGCUGCUGCUCGGGGUGGCUGAGCGAGAGAGCCCCGAACUGUGUGUGAUCCCCACCCUGCACGGAUGCAUUGCACGCCUAGCAGCAGCACCUUUCUCCGUGCACAGCGUCACUUUGGCCAUGUAACCAGUGCACAUUGAUGUCUUGUGCAGUAUUCGCCCCCUGACAGCGCAGAGAGCCGCAGCCUGGGCUAGGGACACGCAGCCGGGUCACAGCCGCUACACACCGCUUUCAUUUAUUUAGUUACAAAGCCGUAUUCCCCGUUGCACGGUUCCCGAUGCCGAGGAGAUGGAGAGCCGGAAGAUGGUAGAGAUGAAGCCGGGGGGUACCGGGCUGGGCAGCGGGGAGAGCGCACUGGCCCUGUCCGCCCGGCAGCACUGCGAGCUCAUCCAGAACAUGAUCGACAUCUCCAUGUCCAACCUGCGGGGGCUCCGCACACAGUGUGCCGCCUCUAACGACCUCACGCAGCAGGAGAUCCGGACCCUGGAGGCAAAGCUGAUGAACUACAUUAGCAAACAGCUUCAGUGCAAGCUUCACGUGCCUCGUCCUGAGAGAACAGAGAUGUUAAACAGUUAUCCUAAAGUCAGCGACUGGCUGCACACUGUCCGUGUGAGAAAUGAGGUUGUGCAGGAAAUACCUGAAAAUUUAACACUAGAUGCCUUACUAGAGAUGAAUGAGACAAAAGUGAAAGAAACUAUGAAGAGAUAUGGAGCUAGUACGGAAGAGUGCUCCCGACUGAAUGGUGCUCUUAGCUGUCUGAAGAAACUAGCAUGGUCAGGUGGGGACACAAAAGAUUCAUUGUGGAAUCCUCUUGAAACCCGGAAAGAAAGUUCUUCCCAUAUUGCUUCUGACCUCUCAUCUUCUAUGGGGACAGUUUGGACUUUAAACACUCAACUUCCAAAGGCCAACAGCCACCAGCCUCGAUCCGUAUCGGUGUCUGCCAUACCUGUUUCUGAAUCCCAUGGACUUUAUAUUUAUCCAGAUUGCUUCCAGGAUCCCUUUACAUCAUCAACACCAAGCAAUAGGCUAACUUUGAGGACUCCUCAUGGGAUUACAAUUACCCCUCCCACCACUCCAUUGUCAAAGAGGAACAUGAAGUUGAAGCCUCCUCGGACACCACCACCACCCAGCCGUAAGGUUUUCCAGCAGUUGCUUCCCAACUUUUCAACACUCAAAAGGAGCAAGUCUCAUGAAUCACAGCUCGGGAAUAGAAUAGAUGAAGUUCCUCCUUUAAAGUUCGAUACCCACCAUGGGUCACCACAGAUGGUAAGGAGAGAUAUAGGGCUUUCAGUAACACACAGAUUUUCUACAAAAUCUUGGUUAUCUCAAAUGUGUCACGUUUGUCAAAAGAGUAUGAUGUUCGGAGUUAAAUGUAAACACUGCAGGUUAAAAUGUCAUAACAAAUGCACAAAAGAAGCCCCACCGUGUAGAAUAUCAUUCCUUCCUUUACCAAAAAUAAGAAGAACGGAGUCUGUGCCAUCAGAUAUUAACAACCAGGUGGAUAGACCUGCAGAGCCGCUGUUUGGGACUCUUCCAAAAGCUCUCACUAAGAAGGACCAUCCACCAGCAAUAAACCACUUGGAUUCAAGCAGCAACCCAUCUUCAACCACUUCUUCUACACCUUCUUCACCAGCACCCUUCCAGUCCUCAAAUCCGCCAAGUGCUACCACCCCACCAAACCCAUCUCCAAUGGGUUACAGAGACAGUCGUUUCAAUUUUCCAGCUGCCUACUACAUUCAGCAUAGACAACAGUUUAUCUUCCCAGAAGUUUUGAAUCCACCACCAAUAACACAGCCACCUGAGCCUCCCGAGAACCCCAGUGCUGAGGCCGACAUGGAAACAGAUGUAGCAGAAGAACAGGAAGCAGAGGUUGAGGAGCAAGAAGCCAACAAAUCUGAGCCUGAGUAUGAUGAUGAUGAACUGGAUGAGCUCCCAUCUUCAAGGUCAACAAGUGGUACUUUCGGAGGAAUGAUCUUUCGCAAGCCCAGCCAGACCAGCGUUUACUUACAAGAAUGGGACAUACCCUUUGAACAAAUUGAACUUGAGGAGCUUAUUGGUCAGGGAAGAUGGGGGAAGGUGUACAGAGGCAAGUGGCAUGGGGAGGUAGCUAUCCGGUUACUGGAGAUAGAUGGAAACAAUCAAGAUCAUUUGAAACUGUUUAAAAAAGAAGUGAUGAAUUACAGGCAGACACGGCAUGAGAACGUGGUGCUCUUCAUGGGGGCUUGUAUGCACCCCCCCCAUUUGGCCAUCAUUACUAGUUUUUGUAAAGGCAGAACCCUUCACGCAGUUGUAAGAGAUCCCAAGGCAUCACUCGACAUCAACAAAACACGACAGAUUGCCCAAGAAAUUAUCAAGGGUAUGGGAUACCUGCACGCCAAGGGCAUCGUUCACAAAGACUUGAAAUCCAAGAAUGUUUUCUAUGAAAAUGGAAAAGUGAUCAUCACAGACUUUGGUCUGUUUGGAAUUUCAGGAGUUGUACAGGAGGGAAGGCGAGAGAAUGAGCUGAAAAUAAGCCAUGAUUGGCUGUGUUAUUUGGCUCCUGAAAUAGUGCGAGAGAUGGCACCUUUUAAGGAUGAAGACCAGCUCCCCUUUUCCAAGGCUGCGGACGUUUAUGCUUUUGGGACUGUAUGGUAUGAACUGCAAGCUCGAGAUUGGUCUUUUAAAAUCCAAGCACCCGAGGCUCUUAUCUGGCAAGUUGGGAGUGGUGAAGGUGUGAAGCAGGUUUUGUCUACUAUAAGCUUGGGCAAAGAAGUCACUGAGAUUCUUGCGGCAUGUUGGGCCUUUGAUGUCAACGAAAGACCAAGCUUUACCCUCCUUAUGGACAUGCUGGAGAAGCUGCCAAAACUGAAUCGCAGGUUGUCACAUCCAGGUCACUUCUGGAAAUCUGCAGACAUUAACAGUAGCAAAAGUAUCCCCCGUUUUGAAAGGUUUGGCCUGGGAGUCUUGGAGCAGGGUAACCAAAAGAUCUAGUCUGCCAUGGGAUAUCUCACUGUCCUGUCCACCUGAUGCUGCAGCAGCCGGCAGAGAUUGGAAUUGCAGCCAGUGAUGACUCCCUAUGUUGGAUUCAAUCUCUCUCUCUCUUACUGAAUUUGCAUUAACCCAUUCUGCACUGAACAGGAACAAAGCUUAGCUUUGCCUAUCACUUCCAGCACUGAAUGGCCUAAGCUUUAACUCUACCUGCUGUUUUGGUUGUUUACAUAUUAUUUUAGGCAUGUGAGUUGUAUUGUGUUAAUGAAAAUGAAUAAAUGUGACUGUUUUUUUUC